GGCAUAGCAAGGCAUCAUGAUGGUGACUAAUAUACACUAGUCGAGAAUAUGCGACUCUGUCACACACCUCUCAUCCCAAGUGGAAAGUCCAUGGCGAUUACUGUUAUAGUGAGGGGAAGCGGAAUCGUUAUGCGCACUGUCUUCACUGGGCAUGGAAACUAUGUCUAUAAAAAUGGAUACAUUUCCUCCUCGAUGCUAGUCUCCAGAGCAAGAUCAUCUCUUUUCAUACUCUUCCUACCACCACUUUGUUCUUCCAACAACCAAGCCAAACGGCCCCCUGAGCACGAUGUCUUCAAAGGCCAACGAGCGUGACCAAACGAAGUAUCAAAUCGGCAUCUCCUCAUCAAACGCAGAAACCCUACGAAAGCAGGGAAAUGCGUCUGGCGAAAGACGCGGAAAGGCUUAUGGAUCAGACGCAUACAAGCUGCCCAAUGCCCAAGAGGAAGAGAACAUGAGAAAUGCCGGCAUUGAAUCAUCAGAAAGAAGGAGGCAUGUGACUGAGAACAUCGCUAAUCAGUACCGGUCGAGCUCGGGUUAGAAGACAUUACGGGCACCCGCUACGAGAAAAGGGCCCUCUUCAAGAAUUUCCAGGACGCCUCGGUUGGGAGAUAUCAUGAAUCUGACAGAGGACGCGUGUUGUAUUCGUGGUUUGUUGAUGGCGCUGAGCGAGGUUUCUAUGCCUUCACAUUUCGUGCUGUAUUCAUUGCUUCUGAUCCAUUCAAGGAAUCCAUCCUAGGGAAGGCUACUUAUUCCUAGAGGGAUAGGCUUGACUUGCACUUAUAGAUCAACGAAAGCCCCGAGUUUGGCAUUGUUCCUUAAAUCAGACUGGAU